AUGCUGAGUCCUGUUUUCUCUUAUUUUGUCUUUCUCUUCCUUGAUGAUGAUAUAUGGAGUCAAACCAUUAUAUAUGAAGAGAUCCCCCAGUUCACUCUCUUACAGUUCCCCUCCCAUUCUUCUUCUUCUAGUUUCCCCUCAUUCUAUCUUAUAAUUCCUCCCAUUAUCUCUCUCAUAUUUCCUCCCCAUUCUCUCUCUUAUAGUUUCCUCCCCAUUCUCUCUCUCAUAUUUCCUCCCCAUUCUCUCUCUCAUAGUUUCCUCCCCAUUCUCUCUCUUAUAAUUUCCUCCCCAUUCUCUCUCUCAUAUUUCCUCCCCAUUCUCUCUCUUAUAAUUUCCUCCUCAUUCUCUCUCUCAUUGUUUCCUCCCCAUUCUCUCUCUUAUAAUUUCCUCCCCAUUCUCUCUCUCAUAUUUCCUCCCAUUCUCUCUCUUAUAAUUUCCUCCCAUUCUCUCUCUUAUAGUUUCCUCCCAUUCUCUCUCUCAUAUUUCCUCCCCAUUCUCUCUCUUAUAAUUUCCUCCUCAUUCUCUCUCUCAUUUUUCCUCCCCAUUCUCUCUCUUAUAAUUUCCUCCUCAUUCUCUCUCUCAUUGUUUCCUCCCCAUUCUCUCUCUUAUAAUUUCCUCCCCAUUCUCUCUCUCAUAGUUUCCUCCCCAUUCUCUCUCUUAUAG